AUGGAAGACCUCGGAAACGCGGCGGAUGACGGAUCGAACAUGAAGGAGAAUCCGGAGCAGAAACGAAGUGGCCUGGUGAAGCGGCUUGCCUCUGUUUCUAACCAGCUCAAGCACUUGACGUCGGUCUCUACGCCAGCUCGGUUAGACCGGUCGAAGUCAACGGCCGGUCUGGCCUUGAAAGGGCUCAAGUUCAUCAGUAAGGCCGACCGUGGCGCUGGCUGGACCGCCGUGGAGAAGCGGUUUGUUAAGAUCACGAAAGAUACUGAUGGUUUGUUGCUUCGGUCAAAAUUCGGUGAAUGCAUAGGAAUGAAUUCAAAGGAAUUUGCUUUGGUAUUGUUCGACGCAUUAGCUAGAAGAAGGAAUAUGACAGGGGAUGUGAUUAAUGAGGACCAGUUAAAAGAUUUCUGGGAGCAAAUCAGUGAUCAAAAAUUUGAUUCCAGGCUUAUGACGUUCUUCGACAUGAUGGAUAAAGACGGUAAUGGUAGACUAACCGAAGACGAAGUUAGAGAGAUCAUCAAUCUUAGUUCCUCUACGAACAGUUUGUCAACAAUCCAGAAAAAGGCAGAUGAAUAUGCAGCAAUGAUAAUGGAGGUGCUUGACCCACAUAACAUGGGAUACAUCAUGGUAGACAGUCUUAAAAUUCUGCUGCUGCAAGCAGAAACAGAACCUGUACUCACAAAUAGUGAAGAAAGAAAGCAGCUGAGCCAAACGCUAAGUGAGAAGCUUAAGCCUACGCUUGACCCUAACCCGUUUAGGAGAUGGUACCGUGGAAUGAGAUUCUUUGUGCUGGAUAGCUGGCAAAGAAUUUGGGUGAUAGCCCUAUGGCUCACGGUUAUGGCCGUCCUCUUCGUAUACAAGUAUAUUCAAUACAAGAACAGAGCAGUGUAUGAAGUGUUGGGGCAUUGUGUGUGCUUGGCCAAAGGUACAGCAGAGACUUUGAAGCUGAACAUGGCCUUGAUUCUGUUACCUGUAUGCAGAAACACCAUCACAUGGCUUAGAAAUAAGACUAGGUUCGGUGCUUUUGUCCCUUUUGAUGACAACCUCAACUUUCAUAAGGUUAUAGCCGUGGGAAUCACGAUAGGAGUAGGCAUACACUCGGUGGCUCACUUAGCGUGCGAUUUUCCACGGCUAAUCGCAGCAACUCCAGAGGCAUACAAGCCUCUAGGAAAGUUCUUUGGGGAGGAGCAACCGAAGAGAUAUUCGCAUUUUGUGGAGUCAACAGAAGGAAUAACAGGGCUCGUGAUGGUUCUCUUGAUGGCAAUUGCUUUUACACUAGCUUUGCCUUGGUUUAGACGAGGGAAGCUAGAGAAACAGCUUCCAGGGCCACUAAAGAAACUCGCUAGCUUCAAUGCCUUCUGGUACACUCACCAUUUGUUCGUUAUAGUCUACAUUCUCCUUAUCGUUCACGGGUACUACGUGUAUCUCAGUAAGGAAUGGUACAAGAAAACUACGUGGAUGUACUUGGCAGUACCAGUAGCUCUCUAUGCAUGCGAGAGACUGAUACGAGCAUUCAGAUCGAGCAUCAAGACCGUAAGAGUUAUUAAGGCUGCGGCUUAUGCUGGAAACGUAUUGAAUUUGCUCAUGUCAAGGCCUAAAAAUUUCAAAUAUAAGAGCGGUCAGUACAUGUUUGUAAACUGUCCAGCAGUCUCACCAUUUGAGUGGCAUCCAUUUUCAAUAACUUCUGCACCACAAGAUGACUAUCUGAGCGUUCAUAUAAAAUCACUUGGAGAUUGGACUAAGGCUCUUAAAGGAGUUUUCUCCGAGGUGACGUCUAAGCCACCUCCGGUCGGAGACAUGUUGCAAAGUGCAAAAAGUAUUGAUUUCCCCAAAAUCAUGAUUGAUGGUCCAUACGGCGCACCAGCACAAGACUACAAGAAGUACGAGGUGGUUCUUCUAGUCGGCCUUGGGAUUGGGGCCACCCCGAUGAUCAGCAUUAUCAAGGACAUUAUCAACAAUAUGAUGGCUAAGGAACAAGCCCAACUCAACCAAAUGGAGAAGGGAUCGCAACAGGAGCCACAAGGUAAGAAAGAAACUUUCAAGACACGAAGGGCUUACUUUUACUGGGUCACAAGGGAGCAGGGUUCAUAUGAUUGGUUCAAGAACAUCAUGAACGAGAUCGCAGAGCGGGACAAAAAUAAAAUAAUAGAACUACACAACUACUGUACUAGCGUCUACGAAGAAGAUGACGCUCGUUCCGCGCUCAUACAUAUGCUUCAGUCUUUAAACCACUCCAAUAAUGGUUUGGACAUUGUCUCCGGGACUAGGGUCAUGUCCCACUUUGCCAAACCUAAUUGGGAAAACGUCUACAAACAGAUAGCAAUGGAUCACCCUGGAUCUAACGUUGGUAAGUUCUCUCCCUCUCUCUCACACAUCAAACCGAGCAGUAAGUGUAUUUUCAUUUCGCACUAA